UUCAUCUCUGAGUUUCAGGUUCCUGAUUCUGAGAGCCUUUCGGUGAAUUCAUGUGACCACACAGCAGCCAGCCUCCCUGCUGGCAUAAAAGCUGCUGUCUGCGUCCUCUGCAUCAGAGAGCGACAGGAAGACAACAGCAGCAAGUCCAGCUUUUGCCCUCACUGUGUGAAGUCCUCAAAACCAGGAGUCACCAUGGCAACACAGGUCACAAACGCCUCACAGAAAUACAAAGACAUCAUCUCUAAAUGUGUUCUGAUCCACUCAGGAUCUCCUGCUGUCUACCAGCUGAGACCAAAGGAAGAGAAGAUUGGAACUCUAAGAAAAACUACUCUUGGAGAAAAAUGUCUGGACAAGACAAACAAAACCAUCCUGCUUGUGGGAGAAACAGGAACAGGAAAAUCUGCUCUGAUCAACGCUCUGGUCAACUACACCAUGGGAGUGACGUGGGAGGACGACGUCUGGUUUCAGAUCAUGGAAGAAGAGAAGAAAAGUCAGUCAGAGAGUCAGACAUCAGAUGUGAUCGUGUACCAGAUCUUUGAAGGUAAAACUCUGCCCUACUCUCUGACCGUCAUCGACACUCCUGGAUACGGACACACCGGAGGGAUUGAACGUGAUUAUACUGUCAGCCAAAGAUUAUUGGAUUGGUUCCGCUCAGAUGAUGGAGUUCAUGAUCUUAAUGCAGUGGGUCUGGUGCUGAAAGCAACUGACAAUCGACUGAGUGACCGACUGAGAUACAUCUUUGAUUCAGUGGUGUCUCUGUUUGGAAAAAACAUGGAGAAGAACAUUGUUGCCCUCAUCACACACUCAGAUGGAAGAACACCUAAAAAUGCUCUGAAGGCCCUCGAGGAUGCAAACAUUAAGUGUGCCAGAAAUGAAAAGAAUCUGCCUGUUCACUUCCUGUUUAAUAACUGCCAGCAUGAAGACCGGACGGAGGACACCGAAAUCCUUCAACAUGCAGAUGGAAUAACAACCAAAGGAAUGAGUCAAUUCACAGACUUUCUACGCAAAACUGCACCUCAAAAUCUAAACAGAACUGUGGAAGUUCUGAAUGAGCGAAUCAGAUUGACAGCCUGCAUCCAAAACCUGACAGAGAGAGUUGAAUCUAUUGAACUACAACAGAAUGCAAUUGAAGAGACAAAGGAAGCUCUGAAGAAACUUGAAGACAACAUGAAGAAGAAUGAGAAGUUUACAGUACACAUCACUGAGGUCUACAAAGAAAAAGUAGAAGUCAGUGAGAGCAGGUGGUGGGCGCUGUGGUUAAAUUAUGGAGGAGCUGUCUGCUGUACAAAGUGUGAGGAGAACUGUCACUAUCCAUGCACACUGGACUGGUAUGCAGAACACUGUGAGGUCAUGUCAGGUGGCAGAUGUACUUCCUGUACUGGAAAGUGUCCUGCAUCAGAUCAUGUCAAAGAAAAAAAGAUGUAUGUGACCAAGACAAGAACAGUUGAGAAAACCAAUGAAGAUAUGAAAAAGACAUAUGAAACGAACAAAGCAGGAAGUGCUGAGCAGUCGAGCUUUUUGGAAGAUCUUGAGAAGAAAAUGGAAGAACUUCAGAAAGACAAAGAUCAGUGGUUGGAAGAGGCCUUCCAGCAUGUUGUCAGACUGGAGCAGAUCGCCCUGCAUGUUGAUUCACUGUCCACUCAUGUCCACUUGGACUUCCUGAUUGAGAAGAUGAAGGAGAAAGGAGACACAGAGAAGGUCCAGAAACUGGAAGAGAUGAAGAGUCGAGUCACUGAAAAUAAAGGAAAAAGAGCAGCACUGCAGUACAUGUGCAGUCAACUAACAGCUGCUGGUAAAGCAGCUGGUAAAGCAGCUGGUAAAGCAGUUAAAGGAGUGUUCAUGAAGAAGUAGAAGAAGAUGAUUGUGAGCAGCCAGCUGUGCAGAUAACAAACUCUACAUUGUUGAUCCAAAUGUUUAAACACACAAGCUUCUUCAUUCUGUCUCUGCUUUCAGUCGCUCAGGAUCUUGUUUUGGUGUCUGAGGUUUGGGUUUGGGUGAUGCAGCAUAAAGAUUUAAUAUGUCCUCUCAUGUUUCAGAUGUCCCCCUCGUCCACCACACAUUUAUGAGUUUAUAUUCACUGACAAAUAAUCAGUUUUGACUUCAUUCAGUCAUACUUUCCAUCAUAACAUUAGUAUGACAAAAAAUACCAACAUACAGUAUCACUAAAAAGAUUACCUUUAAAGUCAACAAAUGAAGCUUCCCACAAAGAGCUCUGCCUGCUGAUUUACCUCUGACUGAGGAUCUGCUCCAGUCUUAUCAGGACAAUUAUCUGCAAAUAAAAACAGCAGAAGUGUGGCUCCUGAGUGUGAACACUAGAGGGCAGCGAGUACCUGUGACUUUACAUAAGUGAGGUCUACACAGGCACACGACACAGAUGUAAAACUCAAUACAUAAAUGGAGAUAUGGUGUCCAAAAUGUCUGUCUGGUCGUAGCACUGAGAGCUGAGGCUGCAGUCCGUCCACAGGAGGGCAUCGCUUCUCCCACAGGCUGCUGCAGCUCUGCUGUUGAAGGGGCAGAUACAGGAAAUCUUUCCUGCCACAUGCCAUCACACUGUACAAUAACAGCCAGAACUCAUAACAUACAGUCAGUAACACACUUCAUAUGUUUUUAUGCAUUCGGUUCACUGCAGCUUAUACUUUAUUUUAUUUUUGCACCACAUUCAGCAUUGCUUAUUUGUUGUAUAUACUCUUUUAUGUUGCAUUAUUUAUUGCUAAUUGGGCGGCACGGUGGUGCAGUGGUUAGCACUGUUGCCUCAUAGCAAGAGGGUUCCAGGUUCAUUCUUUGCAAAUUACACAGAUAAAACACUUGCUGCAGUGUACUGCUGAGAUGUAAAACUGUACAUGAGAUGUCAGUGGUAAACCAUAAACAGAGUAAUUAAAGUUUAAAGUUAAAGCAGCCAUCACUUUUAUAAAAAGUAAAAUUUGUUCAAAGGAGCGAUGUGUAAGAUGCAGCCAUAAGUUUAGUUAAAACAUUAAGAACUGUGAAGAAACCCCAGUGUUGACGUUCUGUCAGAGACGUCUCUGUGUUGUCUAGCAGAUGUCUUCUGAAGUUAGCAUGCUAACCAGCUAGCUGCAGACCGGCCUGUCUGUAAUACCACUUUGUACCACCAGAGGCCCCCGUACUUUCUGCUGGAGAUGAAUACGAGCAGCAAGUUCGAUAAGUUUCACAAGCUCUCUUAGAGUUCAGUGUGAUAAAGGAACAAACUCACAAAAUGUCCAGAAAGGAAAGACUCUUGCACCUGUUAUUUAACAAAGACAAGCUGAACUGCCUCGUUAACUCAUCAUAAAGUGCCUUCAUUCAAACGAGACAGAAACCAAAUAAAACUCACCCAAACUGUCUCCGUUUGUCUUUCCAUGAUCACCUCUAGUUUGGUCCAAAAAUAAAAUAUUCCUGCUCAGUAAACUGGCCUCUGCUGGUCUCACAGGCUCCAUCCCAGGCUGGUGUUCAGCUUGGUUCACUGGGAGCCCAGCGGAGCUGAGCCCUGCUGCCCAUCGUGACUCCCUGUGGUUGCAGUCCAGGCAGACUCAGUUAGCUUUCAGGCCUCAAGCUCCUCAGUUGACUGAGCUAACUGUAGCUAACUGAGCUAACCAUAGCUAUGGCUACAGGCCAGAGUGAGUAACAGUAGGCAGUUUCUCUUUUAAUAUGCUGUCUCAUAUGUUUUUUGAGCAACCUUUGAAUACGUAAGUAUCAGUACUUUUACAUGAGUACAAUAUUCAUGUGCUUUUUACACAGAUGUAUGACUUAUUUGAAGAUUGUCUAAUUUUGUUGAACAGGCAACUGUUCAAUGACAAUAAAGGUCUUGAAUCUUGAAAGACUAAGUCUUUUGCACUUGUUAAGUCCAUCACCUUCAUUUGAGGCGAAAUAAACCAAAUUAACCAGAAUUAAAUUUCUUUUGGAUACUGGAACUUCAGUCUUCUCCAAAGAACACACAGGACAACUUCUUCCUCAUAAAUGAGGACAUUUAUUUAAAGUUAAAUGCUUACUAAGAACUGAACAAAUAAAACAUCAGUAAGGAUUACACAGUGAAGAAAAUAAAGAAACAAUAAUAAACUAUUGAUAUAAAUGAUAUUGAUCUGAAGAAUAUUAUCAAAGUGUUAUCACAGGAAGGUGACAUGUGAGGCCAAUCUGCCUCUCUCAGGAAUUAUUUGUACUCUUUCACUCUUAGGAAAGAUGAGGAUUUUGUUCCUACAUGCUGAAGCGUUGGUAAGUCGGGGCUACAGUGUGAAGGAGCCCCAGCUGCCGGCUCACCAAAGGCCGGAGAUGUGCAGCAGCAGUCCAGCUUCGUAAAGCCAAUUUGGCUACGCUAACAUCUUUAGCUGGAUGAAAACUUUGAGCAAAAAUGCUAUCAAAUUUCAGCUUAGUGGUGACAAAAAACACAAAAAGGAAAUAAACAACAUGUCGGUUUGAUACUACGGCUCUGUUUAGGAUAAAAGUUAAAUUGUGUGAGUACUUUAAUGAGGCACAAAAGAAAAUUU